ACGGCUGUAAAUAGUGCGGUAGUGCGUUCCGUGCUUUCAGUUGUUAAAGUGUAAUGGCGUACUCUGCAACGACGAUCUUGUUGCUCUCGUUGCUAGCCGCCAGCGGUUUGGCCCAACAACAGGCGAGCGAAGAACCAGCCAAGAAGGAGGAGAGCUUCGAGACUGAAAUUUGCAAAGACAAAGAUGCAGGGGAGUGGUUCCGAUUGGUGAGCGGCGAGGGCGACAACUGUCGUGACGUUAUUCAAUGUACAUCGUCGGGUCUGCAAGCUAUCAGGUGCCCCGCAGGUCUGUACUUCGAUAUCGAAAAACAAACAUGCGACUGGAAAGAUUCAGUCAAAAAUUGCAAACUGAAGAACAAGGAAAGGAGAAUCAAACCCAUGUUGUUCACGGAGAAACCAGUGUGUAACGAAGGAGAACUUGCUUGCGGAGACGGACAGUGUAUAGAACGAGGUCUCUUCUGUAAUGGAGAAAAAGAUUGCCAGGAUGGAUCUGAUGAAACCACCUGUGAUAUCGACAGCGAUCCUAACAGCGCGCCAUCUUGCGACCCAGCCGUCUGCAUCUUGCCCGAUUGCUUCUGUUCCGAAGACGGUACGGCCAUUCCCAAUGACCUUCCGGCCAAAGACGUUCCCCAAAUGAUCACCAUCACCUUCGACGACGCCAUCAACAACAACAACAUCGGCUUGUACAAGAAUAUCUUCAACGGCGAGCGUAAAAAUCCGAACGGAUGUCAAAUCAAGGCUACGUUCUUCGUAUCUCACAAGUACACCAACUACUCCGCUGUUCAAGAAAUGCAUAGGAAAGGUCAUGAAAUCGCCGUCCACUCCAUAUCCCACAAUGACGACGAACAAUUCUGGUCGAAUGCCAGCGUAAACGAUUGGGUCAAAGAAAUGGGUGGCAUGAGGAUAAUAACAGAAAAAUACGCCAACAUCACCGAUAACAGUGUAGUAGGAGUACGCGCGCCGUACCUAAGAGUAGGAGGCAACAACCAGUUCACUAUGAUGGAAGAAGAAGCAUUCUUGUACGAUUCAACCAUCACAGCACCAUUGAACAACCCACCAUUAUGGCCUUACACAAUGUACUUCAGAAUGCCGCAUAAAUGUCACGGUAACAUUCAAGCUUGUCCAACGAGAUCCCACGCCGUUUGGGAAAUGGUACUUAACGAGCUAGAUAGGCGGGAGGAUCCUGAAAAUGAUGAGUAUCUACCUGGUUGUGCUAUGGUUGAUUCUUGUUCGAAUAUCUUAUCGGGAGACCAGUUUUACAACUUCUUGAACCACAAUUUCGAUAGGCAUUAUAACGAAAAUCGCGCACCUCUUGGUCUUUACUUCCACGCAGCUUGGUUAAAGAAUAACCCAGAAUACUUAGAUGCCUUCCUAUACUGGAUAGAUGAAAUCCUAGCUAAUCACAAUGACGUAUAUUUCGUGACAAUGACGCAAGUUAUCCAGUGGAUCCAGAACCCAAGAACUGUCUCAGAAGCCAAGAACUUCGAACCAUGGAGGGAAAAGUGUGUCGUCGAAGGUAUCCCAGCCUGUUGGGUACCUCAUACCUGCAAGCUCACUUCCCCAGAAGUUCCUGGUGAAACUAUCAACCUUCAAACUUGCGUGAGGUGUCCCAAUAACUACCCAUGGUUAAAUGACCCCACAGGUGAUGGUAACUUCUAAGUCAGUUCUAGUUGAAUUUAUAAUAGGAUAGGUCUUAAAGCAGCGGGGCCUCUAGAUGGAAGGGGCACUCUAGUGAUCAAAUGUUAACAAUUAUUUUUUCGUAUUUAUUUGACUGUAUGCGUGAAUUUUUUGUUGUUGUAAUGGAAACUACGAAAUGAAAUAGACUGUUAAAGAAUUUUUGCAUAAGUGACUCUCACUGUUUUAUGUAAUAUACACUCCUACUAGGUAUUUUGUAAAAAAAAUUGUAUUUUUGUAUGUUUUGUAGAAAGAAAUAAAAUUAUUUCAAAAGUUGGUUAUAUUUAUUUUAUUAAAAUCAUUUACAG